UUUCGCUGCCUUUAGCUAACUAACUGCAGAUUUAUUUGCUUCAAAGUGUCUGAAGCUAGCUAGCACGUUACUAACUUGGCUACCUUGAUAGCUAACGUUAGCUACUUGGCCUGACAUGGAUAACCAUAUACUUUGAUUGGCGUAAUUCCUAGGCUAUGUAUGCUCUGCGAGUUUAAGGGUUCAUGGAAUGCCAUGUUACAUUAUUGAUCAUAUUAACUACAGUACACAUGUCAUUCAGCAUAGCUAGCCGCCUUGUUUACAUUACUAAUGGCUACUUUGUUCGACAUCUGGCACAGGCUGGCCACUGAUUCUUGAAACGCCUUAAGAGCUUAGAAACGGUAUUUUCCUACUAUAAUAACCUAGCUGAGAAUUGAUGUGGAUAAUUAUCAGCAAAUCAUAACCCAAAGAUAUGGUUGCUUUUCUCCAUUCUAAAUGUUUUUGUGGUCAGUUGAGUAUUUGUUAUUAACAGGAAAUGAGGGAGUUCUUUUAACCUGAGCCGCGGUGAACCGGUUUAUGGCCCGUGAAGUGCAAAAGUGGUGAGGGAGGAGCGCCCUUCACAAAUUAACAGUAAUCUGAGUUGCUCGGUCAAUGCAGCAUUUAGCCUCUUUUAGAAUAGGAGAGUGAAAUACACUCUCGUCUCUAACAUGUAAGCUCAGCAUUCCGGAACAGUCCCAUUACAAGUCAGAAUGUUGAACAAACUCCAUUUCAACUUACUCCACCUGUUGUCUUCUGAUUUUGCCACUAUGUCUGAGGUAAUCUGAUAGAAAAUAUCCACAGGGAAGCGUUAUCAAUCAAACCUUUAGUAUGCUGGUCUGUAUAUUGAUUUGUGUUUUUAUUUUCAAUACUGACACAAUUCGCACAAACACUUGCACAAUAUGGCUGAGCCAAACCGAACCACAGGGUGCAUGUUGUCCCGCACAAUCAGCUGCCAAAUUUUACUAACACUUCCAGAUUGAGGAAAUGUGCUUCGGAUGAUAUGUUUGGUUACAUUUGGCUAUUGUUUACAUAUUGUGCAAUGCGUCGGGAGAUUGAAAAUACAAGCGGCAGAACCUACCGGUGCUGCACAAAGUUGGGUAAACAACACUUUCCUGUGUAUACCCUAUCUCCACCUCCUAACUUCAAAAGGACCAACAGCAUGUACAACCGGUAAAAACGACGUAGAGGCUGUGGAUCCCAGGGGAAGGACACCGCUCCACCUGGCUGUGUCGCUGGGCCACCUGGAGUCAGUGAGAGUGCUUCUGAGAAAUGGUGCUGAAGUUACCAAAGAGAAUGCCAAGAAUUGGACAGUGCUGCAGGAGGCAGUCAGCACCGGCGACCCAGAGAUGGUUCAGCUAGUGCUCCAGCGGCGAGACUACCUCAAAGCCUCUACAGCUCUGGGAGGAGUGCCUGAGCUUCUGAGCAAGAUCCGUGAGUCCCAAGAUUUCUACAUGGAAAUGAAAUGGGAGUUCACAAGUUGGAUCCCCCUCGUUUCCCGGGUUUGUCCCAGUGACGUGUGUCGGAUCUGGAAGAGUGGGGCCAGCCUGCGCGUGGACGCCACUCUGCUAGGCUUCGAGAACAUGACCUGGAUCAGAGGUCGUCGGAGCUACAUUUUCAGGGGAGAUGAUGUCUGCACAGAGUUGAUGGAGGUGAACCAUGACGAACAGGUGGUGGACACGGAACGCUUUGACAUCUCCAGGGAGAUAGAAGACGUAACGCUGGACUCCAUGCAACCUGCAGAACAGGAAGUGGCCAAGCGGCUGACCACGCCCAUUGUCAAUACCUUUCUGGACACCAGGGACAUUGCUUUUGAGAGAAAUAAAUCUGGGAUUUGGGGUUGGAGGAGUGACAAAACGGAAGUUGUUAAUGGUUUCGAGGCGAAGGUUUUCACUGUGAACAAUGUAAACGUGGUGAUCCGGACGAGGACAGAGCAUCUCACCGAUGAGGAGAAGGCUAGAAUAAAAAGUGAGAGGAAUGUUCUGGAGUCUCUUCUGGGCACAGUGGAGCAGCAGAUAAGUGCUCAAGGGGACCUCACUCUGGAGUACGCGACAGCCAACAACCCUACCGCCAUCACACCAGAGGAGUACUUUGACCCUGCGUUUGACCUUGAAGACCGAGACAUUGGCCGGCCCAUUGAACUUACCAUCCGAACCCAGAAGUUCAAGGGUACAUUGUGGAUGAGCGAGGAACACCCCCUCUCCCUGGUGGAGCAGGUCACCCCCAUCAUCGAUCUCAUGGCCCGGACCAGCACCCACUUUGCCCGGCUGCGGGAUUUUGUCACCCUCAAGUUCCCUCCAGGGUUCCCUGUAAAAAUAGAGAUUCCCCUAUUCCAUGUGCUCAACGCCCGCAUUUCAUUUGGCAGUGUCAACAAAUGCAGUACAGGCGAACCCUUGGAGACACCCCCCUCCGCUGCCACACCCGAGGAGGAGGUGGAGGAGGUGAGGGAGGAGGGAGGCUGCGGCGAAGCUGCAGUUCCCCCUCUAUUCCAGGUGUGCCCGUCGGUGUUUGAGGUGCCCUCACACUACCGCCACCGAGGAGGGGGUGGCAGCCGCCACACGCCGGUGUCAAAUCAUGACGAGGAGCUACUGCAGUAUGCCAUCCACCAGAGUCUGCUGGAGUCCGGUGGGGGAGCCCCGGGACAGGAAGUGACCUGGGAGGAUGCCAAUGGUGACCUCACAGACCCCAUACUCAGUAGCCAGAGUGACGGAAGCAUCCCAGUGGGGGUGCUGGUGGACUUGGGAGACACCACGUCGAGUCAGGCGAGCUCGGGCACCUCGGCCUCCAGCCCCGACACUGACCUCCGCAUGGCCAUGGAGCUGUCGGCCCGGGCCCAGGCCGAGGAGGAGAGGAGGAGGAAGGAGGAAGAGGAGGAGCUGGAGAGGAUAUUGCAGCUCUCGCUCACAGAGAAGUAAAAAAAAGGAAAAUAGGAGGGAAAGAAUAAUAAUUAAGGCCACGCCUUGCCAUAACUGCAUUAACUUUUCGUUGAUCAAGAAGCGGCCACCACCAAACCCUCAAUCCAGCCCCACCCCACCCUCCUCCACUACAAUCAGCCAUGACACCGGAAAAACAUCCAUGUAACAUGUGUCAAAUAAAACCAUCUGUAUUUAAUACUUUAAUACCUAUUUUUGGUUUAAAAAAAAAAACGAACAGAUGUAUUGCUAGAUUUGUA